AACUAAAAAUUUAAAAGCUAUAUUAAAUAACCCGUAACGCCUUGUGCUCUUUUGCUCUCUAUUCAUUGACCGACACGUUCUUCCUUUUCUCUCCGAUCUAGGGUUUUUGCUCAACAUCAACGAUGAUCCAUCUCCUUUACUCGGUGCUCUUCGCCGAAAUGGCGUUAAUCCUCCUUCUCCUCUUCAAGACACCUCUCCGAAAGCUCAUCAUCCUCACCUUCGAUCGUAUCAAGCGCGGCCGUGGCCCCGUCGUCGUCAAAACCAUCGGCGCCACCGUCUUCGUCGUUCUAAUGUCAAGCGUCUACAGUUUGCUCAGUAUACAGCGCCGAUCCGAGGAUGGUGCCGCUCUCAAUCCUACUGAUCAAGUCCUGGCGUCGAAGCAUAUGCUUGAAGCUUCUCUAAUGGGAUUUGUGCUGUUUCUCUCGCUCAUGAUUGAUCGACUACAUCAUUACAUCAGAGAGCUUCGGUUACUGAGGAAGACAAUGGAAACUGCGAAGAAACAGAAUAGAGGUUUCGAAGAUGGGAAAAACACUAGCGGGGAGGAAGUCAAAGCCCUUGUGGAAGAAAUCGCGGCUCUGAAGUCGAAAAUCGGGAAAUUAGAAUCGGAAAGUGAAAGCAAAGGAAAAGAACUAAAAGGAGCACGAGCUGAAACAGAGGCUCUGAGAAAACAAGCUGAUGGGUUCCUUAUGGAAUAUGAUAGGCUGCUUGAGGAUAAUCAGAAUCUCAGGAACCAAUUGGAGUCUAUUGACCAGAGUCCAGAGGCUAAGAAGAGUAUGUGAAAUAGAGAUAAAAACAAGGGUAUAAUGUAAUAAUCUGCUGUAUUUGAAGAGCACUAAGUAAUUGUAGGAACUGUGACUUUUCCGAUUUUUGCUUAAUGUAAGGUUGUAUCAUCUCAUCCUCAAAAAUACUGUGUUUUCAAUAUCGAGUAGAUAUGUUAUCUUACA